ACAGCGUACUCAAUUUUACUUCCUGGUGUUCGCAGACACGGAUGUCUGGGUGAGUAUAAAUUGAUGCCAGCUUGACAGACGGCAUCCUCACACACAUGCUACAAGCUACAAGCAAUCUUUGGAGCAGACAAGCUGUGCUGAGACCUGAUACAACUAGGCCGUGCAUCGUAACCAUGGCAUUGAAGCUGUUGCUGUGUCUGCUGGUUGUAGUUGCUGUUCUUGCCUUAACAGCUCAGGCCGCCCCUAGAGACGUGAGCUACGGCACCAAGGGCAAGAACCUGGUCGACGACACGAAAGAUGAUAACGGUGACGUGUUUGGCGAUGAUAAGAUCGACGGUGCCACUGAAAUUGACGGCAUCGCACUGAAAGAUUUGACUAGAGAUGAGCUUCACGAUCUGAUGGAAGAUGUCGACAACAGGGUCAUGGCGGAACUAGACAUCCUUGUAGGUAAGCUGGACAUUCUCAAAAGGAAAUCUCGUGUACGGGACACCAGACAGAAGCGCCAGUUGCCGAGGCUAGUCUUCGAGGCCGCACGUGCACUGUUCCGAGGGUCCACGGCUGGCAGGGUGACCUCAAGCGGUGCUCGUGUCACCAGACAGUACCAGAGGCCCGGCAACUACCAAGACGCCGUACGGGACUUCAACAGAUUCAGCCCCAUUAACGUCAAAACUUUCAACGGUAAGGUCAGUGGUCAGACAGGAACUAUGGGGAACCACAGAAUCACCGUCAGGAACGGCAGCAGCAACGGAAGUCCCACGCUGGAAAUUAGGUCACCCAAGGGCAACGGAGAAUUUGUCCGGAAGUUCCGCUACAAUAACAAGUAAUGCUGAGGGUUUUCCUGAAUUCGGGACAUUUUACCGCAGGUUUAUUCUGUAUACUGAAGUUGGAAAACAAUGCAUUGACUUCUACUAAAACAAUCAUAAAUAAUUUCAUAAAUUUGUAGUUUCUUCAAUCUGAUGAAGACCAAAUAUCGAUGUGUUAAUUUUUAUAUUUAUUUUCAGUAUUAAAAAGGAUAUCUUAUAAAUUUCAAUGUUCUUCUUUCAAUAAAUAUAUUUUUAAUUUCUCUUU